AACACUUCCAUGUGUUUGUGGGAGACCUUAGUGCUGACAUUGAGCAGCACCAGCUCAGAGAUGCCUUUGCUGCUUAUGGGGAAAUUUCAGAUUGCAAAAUCAUCCGUGAUCCUGCCACCAUGAAGUCCAGAGGAUAUGGUUUUGUGUCAUUCGUAAACAAACAGGAUGCAGAAGCGGCUAUCAACAAUAUGAACAAUCAGUGGUUAGGCACACGGCCAAUCAGAACCAACUGGGCCACAAGGAAGCCACCUGCUCCCAUAGUCAAAGAAAACACAAAGCCACUUAUUUACGAUGAAGUGUACAAUCAGUCCAGCUCUACCAACUGCACCGUCUACUGCGGAGGUGUGGCCAAUGGGCUGACAGAUGAGCUGAUGAGAAAGACAUUUUCCCAGUAUGGCACCAUCCAGGAAGUGCGUGUUUUCAAGGAUAAAGGCUAUGCAUUCAUAAGGUUCAACUCAAAGGAAGCUGCUACACAGGCCAUCUGUGCUGUCCAUGGUACUACAAUCAAUGACCAGCCAGUCAAAUGUUCUUGGGGGAAGGAAUCUAACGACUCCAAUCCAUCCAGCCAGCAGUCAGCAUCUAACAGUCCUCCAGUUGUUAUGUUACAGUCCCAAGCACAGCAACCUAUAGCAGCUACGCCAGCCACGGGAGCAUACGGGCAGUUCUAUAAUAUGGGCUAUUAUCAGGGAGCUCCUUAUGCCACAACUGCACCUGCCUACCAAGGCACAGUUCCUGCCCAAGCUGCCCCAUACAUUCCUGCGGCUCCAGCACAGUGGCCUGCUUAUUCCAGCUACCAGGCAUAUGGCAUGAAUGUCCCCAUGAACCAGUACACAGGUAUACAGGUGCAGCCGGCACAGCAACAACAGUUCAGUGGACAGGGUCAAGGGAUGGUUGGCUACCCACUGCCGCAGGGCUUUCAGCCGGCCCAGUGA